CAAGAAUUCUGAAUGGCGCAACGAAGGCGACUGAUUUGGGGCAGAUAACUUAGCCAUGACUCGACUGCCCAGCGUAACUCUUCGCACUCCUCUCUGUCUCCACCACUACACGUUCAACGACAAUGGCCGCCAUCGCAUCGACAGCUAAAACUUUCCGGAUCGCCGUGGUCGGCGUCGGACUCGUCGGCGGCGAGUUUAUCAAGCAGCUCCUUGCGUUCCCCGCGCCCAGCCCCUUCCGCCUCGUCUCGCUCUCGUCCUCCAAGUCGACUAUCUUCCAACCUGAUGGUCUCUCUGUCUCCGCCUCGAGCUGGAAAGACGAACUCGCAGGCUCCGGGCGGAAGCCUGAUCUGCAGACCCUUCUCCGGGAGCUCUCCGCGCUGGUGAAGCCUGGGCAAGAGGUCGUCCUGGUCGACAACACCUCCUCGAAUGACGUCGCCGCGCUCUACCCGCAGUUCCUCAAGUUCGGCGUGAACGUGAUUACCCCAAACAAGAAGGCGUUCUCGUCGGAGCUCGCGCUGUACGAGCAGAUCCUUGCGGCAAGCCUGGAGAGCGGAGCGCGGUUCCUGAACGAGGCCACGGUCGGCGCGGGGCUCCCGAUCAUCUCUACGCUGAAGGAUCUCGUGGCGACGGGCGACAAGAUAACCAAAAUCGAGGGUGUGUUCUCUGGCACCAUGAGCUACAUCUUCAACGAGUUCUCCACUGGGAAGGAGGGUGGACCUAGCUUUUCAUCAGUUGUGAGCGUAGCCCGCGAGAAGGGAUACACCGAGCCGCACCCCGCGGAUGACCUCAACGGUGCAGAUGUCGCGCGCAAGCUCACGAUCGUCUCCCGCUUCAUUCCCUCCCUGCGCUCUGCGCUCCCCAACGGAUACCAGUCCGUCAGCACGAAGUCGCUUGUCCCUGCGGAGCUUGAGGGCAUCGACUCCGGGGACGAGUUUAUCAAGCGGCUCCCCGAAUUCGACGCGCACUUCGACAAGAUGCGUGCCGAUGCUGCUGCGGAGGGCAAGGUUCUGCGGUUCGCCGGUGUCGUUGAUGUACAGGCAGGUAUCAUCAAGGCGGACCUAGAAAAGUACUCCGUCACCCACCCCUUCUCGACCGCGCUCGGAGGCUCCGACAACAUCAUCAUGUUCCACACUGAACGGUACGGUGCUCGGCCGCUGGUCGUGCAAGGCGCGGGCGCGGGCGCGGCUGUGACCGCUAUGGGAGUCUUGAGCGAUCUCCUGAAACUCGUGUAAGUAGUAAGGACCCGAAGAAGCAAAAUGCAUCUGUAUCAAUAGCAGUACAUAGUAGGCAACCUGUGCGAACCGGGCUUAUACUUCCGCGAUAUCCUAAAC